UGAAAAAGUUCAUUCAACGGGGCAAAUAUCGAGUUUGUACGAUCGUGUUUGUAGAAAGAGAAAACAAUAUCUUUUCUUUAUUCUCGAGAAGAAAGGAAAAAAAAAAGAUAGAAAAAAGAGAAAGAAUUAUAAAAACAAUCAUAUAUGGGGAAACGAUCUCGUGUGUUAAAAGUUUUGCGUGCUGUAUAGAGAAUGUUUAUGUUUCGAGAAAAAGUGUAAACGUGGCUCCCGCGUAGACACGACAUAGAGGGGAACUAAUCUUCUUCUUCUUCUUCUUUUUCUUCCUUUUUUGAUCCACCUCCCUUAAGUACACCUCCACUACCAUCACCACCACCUCUACCAUCUGCUAUCAAGAGACUGAAAGUCCGAGCUCGCGAGUUUCGCGCUGUUGGAAGAAGAGAUCAGUAGUAAACCAUUCGAUGAAGUCGGUUGAAUUUUGACCUCGAUAGGAAACAGAUGUACGAAGAUUCGUGUUCGCGAAUUAUACGAUUGAUAAAUUAUAAAUAACGAUCAUUAGGCUCUUUCAGUGGAUCGUCGCGUGUGUGUAUCCAGUGAUAAACAAUCAAUCUAUAGAUUUUCCGCGAGAAAUAGAUUAAAAAUUCUGAAGCUGAGAUGAGAAUACGACGGUCUUUCAUAAUUUUGGCGGUCGUACUACUAUCCUCGUUUAACGUCGACUCGAAAGAGGAUCGGAAAGACGAUGGAAUCUACGAGGAUAAAAACUCAACGAAAGAGGACGUUUCUGUUUCUUCGACGAUGGACGAGGAGCAAAUUAGUGUCAAGAACAGGACCGAUAAAGUACGAGACUUAGUGAAAUCCGCUCUUAAAGUGACAGAGAAGAGGGAACAGAUCGGCGAGGUAAUACCAAUAAUACGUAGUAUGUCGGUACGGCAAAAGUUGCUUAUGGCAAGAUUAAUUUCAAAGAGAAUAAGCGAUAACGAAACAACGCCGUCAUCUCCGAUAGUGGAGACUCGAUCUCUCUUUGGCGAUGAGGAUAGUAGCAGGAGGAACGCCUCGCGAGCUCUGAUGUUGCCUAUCAGUGCAGACAUCGCAAGGAUCAUUUCCGACGACAUUUCUGGAGAUGAGAUGGAAGAGGACGAAGAAGAUGAGGAGGAAGCUGCGGAGGAAUUGCCAAAGGCACAAGAGUUGCGAUCGGUAAGACCUGUCCCAAGAAGACGGCCCUUUUAUCGGAUGCCGCCGCCUCCACCAGUGAAUCUACCAACGAGAAGACCGUCUUCCCUCAACAGAAGAAACGUUUAUGCAGAUCCAUCGAGAAUGUCUCCAUUGAGACCAUCAAGAAAACCUUCCGAGCCAAAGAAGGUUCCCACGGAUAAGGAAUGUACUUUCUUUUCUAAAACCGUAUGCCUCGAUGCUACGGAUUAUCCGCACGAAGCGAUAACGAGGAGUUUAAGAAGCAACAAAGACAUGGUGGCAGCUUUGUUGACUGAUUACAAGGUACAAGAGGGAAGAUUCGACGACCAUUCGUCCGGUCCUUUUGAAAAUCGAUACGAAAAUCGUUAUGAGAAUCGUUACGAGAGUAAUGAAAUCAAAAGAUCUGACAAUCCAUUUGACAAUGUCGAAGAAGGAUUCACAUGUCCGUCUACAGUUAAAUAUGCACGUCCACAAUUGGCCAGAGCGGCAUCUGGAAUUUGGAAAUACAUAAUAAAUACGGGAGAGCAUACUCAAACGUUACGUUUGGAGAAGUGUUCUAAUACUCGAAGCAGUUGUUCCUUCAUAUCGGAGAACUAUCGUUCCUCUUGUGUACAAGUUUACAAUUAUCAUCGAUUGUUAACAUGGGAUUCAAAAUUAGGUCUACAUAUGGAUAUAUUUAAGGUACCUACCUGUUGCAGUUGUCACGUUCAUGGUUAUUCCGAGAUAUUUCCACCUCAUGAAAAAGAUCCGCCGCUAAAACCUAAAGAAAAAUUUCCUGGAGCUGAAUUUGUUACUAAUAACGAGUCAAAGGACGAUUAUCAAGAAUUGAGCAAGCCCAAUCAUAAUUACGUCAGUAAAUACAACAAUCCAGGUCCGAGCUACGAUUCAGAUAUCGCAUUGUCCAGUAACAAAAGGCCGGUGAUUGAGACUUCGUCAACCAGCCGACCCAGUUUCACCCUUCCUGGACGAACCAGACCAAAGGUACCCUCGUCCGUUCACAGACCCUUCGAUAAAUUACCUCAUCAACAUGCACCCAAUACGAGAGCUCCUGGAUACAUUGGCCCAUUGAAUAAAGGACCUUCUUCUAGGCCUACUAGACACAGACCACCGUUCAGAAGGGAAUCUAUUUCUCAAAUGGAGGAACUCCCUGAUAAUUCUAAUAAUAGCUCAUUUAACAGGUAUAGUCAACCGUUCGAUCAAGAUACAAACAUUUCUACUAGACUACAAAAUAGUGGCUUUGACGAAGAAUAUCAAGAACCUCCAAGACGAAUCAAUUAUAACUACCAUCCGAUCUUAGAUUUCUUUAAACCGGAAGCAUCGAUGUUGCAAUCUUCGGAAAUCAAAUUCCCAAUGCAAUUGUCCGACGUUCCAAACGAUUCGAAUUCUUGGAAACCGAUGUUAACAUCUUAGAAUAUCUCGUUAUCUUUUAUCAGUACCUGACGCAUCGUUCUUUCGUAAAGAAUUGUAAUUAUCUUCUUCUGUAUUUGUUAUUUAUCGAAAUUCAUGAUCGAUCCAAACGAUCGUGUAUUAUAUAAAGGAUAGAUGUAUAAAUUUUGUUAAAAACAAAAAAUGUUUAAAUAUAUGUAUAUAUGUAUGUAAGUCAUAUAUAUAUAUAUAUAUAUAUAUAUAUAUAUAUAUAUAUAUAUAUAUAUAUAUAUGCGAUAACGAAUAUGAAUCUCAAUGACGAAUUCGUGCUUAAAUAUCGGAAUACAGUAUUAUAUUCGUUCGCAUUAAUGUAUCUUUUAUUAAAGAUGACUUUUAUAAUAGUAUCAUAAGUCAUCCUAGAUAAAUGAUUAAUUGUUCGUGACCAUUUUUU